UUGCAACGCAUCCAAUGCACCCUAUCGACAACCCUGCCCCAGCACAUAAGUGCUAUUUCCCUUGCUCGUCUGGACUGCUCAGGUACUGCUGCAUAACGUGUCCGAGGAUCCACGGACGCUCGUGACUCGAAUAAGACAGCCCAGCACCUCCAUCAGUCGCUGCCGUGGGCCCCUUCUUCUUGUCAUCCGACCGCCUGAAGGAUGCACACACACAUGGCGGCUACAGCUGCACGCCAUCUCGUGUGACCCACCCUUGGUGGUUGCUAUCGUGGCCAAGGACCGUCAGAUGGUCCACCCUCCGCUGCAGCACGCCGCUCCUCAGCUGAAAGGAUAGCGAACAAGGGCCGCCGUCGGCAUCAGAGGACUCGUCAAACAUCACACGACUCCUGCAAACAAACACAGCAGAGGGAAUGAGGACCGUCACCCAGUAACCUCAGCCUGUCCUUGUUUUUUUGUGUACCUGUAGAAGCGCUCGAUUUGCUGCUCGUCGCCCCUUGCGACGACGUCACGGCAGUCCAGAUGGAAUGAAGGGGCGAUCGGCAGCUUCCCACCCAACCUACCAGCCCAACCACCGACCACCACACAAACACACAGGCAGGAUCAGACACAUCGAUUUGCCACUGUGUGUGCAUGAGCGAGGAUCACCAUGAGUCGUGGAAACCGCCCAGCCGCUGGUACUUGUCCAUGAGCCACGAAAGGCCACACACAGCGAAGUGGAGGAUGCACGGCCCAUCCCGAAACGAGCUGUCAUACACAGGCCGCCCUCCCCGACCCUCGCCAUUCUCCGUCGCGGCCGGCCCCCCUCCCGCGGCCAGUGCCCGCAGGUCGGCGAACGUCGAGCCCCAUCGAGGCGAAGAGCCACCCGUAGAGGGCGGCAGUGCCCACCGAUGCACAUCCCUCGCCCUCAAGCCCGGCACCACCCUCGCUGCCGACUUGCCGUUGUCGUAAAAGGCAAAGUACUGCCCACGGCCAAGCCUCUCCACCCACCAGUGCAUCGCCCGCCUCGCCUCGUGUGUGAAGGGGACAUGCGAUGGGUGUGUGCGGAAGAGGGAAACGGCAGCAAAGUAGUCCUGACAGUCGAUUGAGGUGGGGACGCCCUCGUGGUUGGCGUAGGUCAUCUGAUGAUAGCCAUUGCCAGUGAGGGCCUGGAAGUGCGGCUUCACUGACGGCUCCUCAGUGUAAAACAGUUCGUCGCUGUCGAUGUGCAGCAACCAGUCCAUCCCAUCCGCUGAAGCCACCACGGCCGCAUAAGAGGCGUUCAGCAUCUGACGGGCAACAACCUUAAACACAGAAGACAAGAAACGCAUCAGCGUGAAUGCAUGACGCAUCCCUUGCCUCGGCAGAACUUAAGCGCACCUCCGUGUGAUGGAUGUCCUUGAGCCGAGAGAAGAGGUCGCAACAUUCAGCCAUGAUGUCCCUUUCCAGCUGCUCGCCUCUCUCAAACACCCGCAGCCCGUCACACUGGCACUGCCGCGCCACCUCUCGUGCCGCCCAGUCGUGGGGAUCAUCGAUGAAGAGGUAGAUCUUGGCGAAUUCCUUGGCCAGAUGGUAGCGGAUGAAGGAGCGCAGAGGGGCGGCGGUGCUGCCGAAGGCAGCUGUCGUCACGAUGGCCACUCUCAUACCACAGCCUAAAGACGCC